ACUAAAAAAGAAAGAAAUUAUGGGAAGGUGGGAGGAUUAUAAGCCUGUAAUGGCUAUGAUUGGUUUGCAGUUUACUUAUGCAGCUGUAGCACUUUCCAGUAGAAGUGUUCUUUUACAGGGAAUGAGUCCUAGAGUUUUUGUUGUUUACAGACAAGCCAUAGCUACUCUUGUUCUUGCUCCUAUUGCUUAUUUUUCUCAAAGGAAAAAACCAGGAACUGCUUUAGGAAUGAGGAGCUUUAGUUUGAUAUUUACUGCUUCUCUCAUUGGGGUAACACUAAAUCAAAAUAUUUACUUUGAAGGAUUGUAUUUGACUUCAUCAUCCAUAGCCAGUGCAAUGGGAAACUUACUCCCUGCCAUCACCUUUCUGCUAGCAGCAUUAAUUGGAUUAGAGAAAGUUGAUAUAAGAAGCUUGAGUACAUUGGCAAAGAUAGUCGGCACAGUAAUAUGUGUCAGUGGAGCAUUUUGCAUAGCAUUCAUGAAGGGUCCAAAGCUUCUCAAUACAGAAUUUACUCCUCAACAACAAGAUCAGAACUCCAUCAUUUUUCACUACUUCAACUCCUCUAUGACUGUUGGAAGUCCCAAUAAUUGGAUGCUCGGUUGUUUUCUUCUUUUAGGAAGUUGUGUUUGCUGGUCAUUUUGGCUCAUUUUGCAGGUUCCCAUGUCUGCAAGUUAUCCUAAUCACCUUUGUUUAUCCGCGUGGAUGUGUUUCUUUGCAACCUUGCAAUCAGCUGUUGUCACAUAUUUCUUGGAACCAAAUCCUAAUUCGUGGCGUUUACAUUCGAGUUUUGAACUCAUAUGUGCUCUCUAUUCUGGUGUUAUAGGUUCUGCAUUUUCAUUCUUCGUUCAAGCAUGGUGCAUUUCAUUAAGGGGGCCACUUUUUUCUGCAAUGUUCAACCCUUUAUGUACUGUUAUCGUUACAAUCUUGGCUUGCUUAUUCCUUCAUGAAGAGCUGUAUACAGGAAGCUUGGCAGGUGCUAUUGCUGUGGUAGCAGGAUUGUACAUUGUAUUAUGGGGUAAAGCAAAAGACUUCAAAAAGAUGCAAACAACAACCUAUUCAAGCAAUAAUGAUGAUGAUUCAAAGAAAGUAGUCAAAAUUGUGAUCCCAGAAUCAUUUGAUGAAGAGAUUGUUUGCAGAAUUGAUUUGCAACAACCCCUUCUCCAAUCAGAACAUGAUUAAGGCCGAAAAUGUGCAAAAGUUUGUUGCCAAAGGAUAUCGAAAGCCUUAAUGGGCUAUAUAAAACAAACAAUUGUGCGAAGCUAGUACUUACCAAUCAAUUACUACUGUAAACAAUUUAGUACGGAAGUUUUGUCAUUCAUCCAUUUGCAAAUAGAUAAUCGGCAGACAGAUGCGGAGACAGA